AUGGCCUACGUUUCUUAUAUUCAGCAAAUGUGGCUUGGGUUUAUUAUCGUUGCAUUAUACUUGAACCUUAUCGUUCAGGUUGCUAGUAUUAGCUACGACGGACAGAAGGCAGUCGAUUAUGCGUUAACCUAUUGUUGCAACCCCAAUACAAAUUCUUAUCCAUUCAUUGAAGAUGACGAUUGUACCGAUUUCGCUUCUCAAGUUCUACAAAGUGGUGGAAUCCCCCAAUCUAAUGACUGGUGGUGCGAAAGCCUACCGGUCUGGAAUCCCUGCCUGGAUUCAAUUGGCAUUCAUAGAACCGCAGACGGCAAACAUUGCAGUGGCGAUUAUGCAUUCUCAACAUCUUGGUCUGUUGUAGGCGAUCUUCACGACUAUCUCAUUAAUAACAACUUGGCAACUGACUGUUCGCUGGAUCAAUUGCAGCCGGGUGAUUUGAUCCAGUAUUAUGAUCCAGGAAAACAAGUAUGGGAACAUACAGCUGUAAUUAUAUAUAGUAGUCCUACAAACCCUACUUUAGCCUAUCACAGUACUAAUAGGUGUAAUAGCAAUCAUAAUUAUGUCUUGGGAUCAGGGUUCAGUGACUAUAGAGGCAUUUGCAUAAACUCUCAUGUCCAAUCUAAAAAACUAAAACGUAGAUCUGUACCAGGAAAUGGUGGAUGCGACUGA